ACACAAAAAAAAAAAGUCUUCAUUCACACUCUUGUUUCCUUUUUUUUUUUCUCCACCUCCUCCCCCAUCCAUCCACCCACUCCGAUGGCUCUCCGCCGUCGGAUCCUCCACCCCAACUCCUCCGAAGUUUCUCCACCGUACGAUGAUAUCUACUAUUGCUUCCUCUAUCACUGUCCUCCUCCGCCGGAACCCCCGCCGGAGUCGAUCCCCAUCGAAGUCUCCCACCCCAACCACCACCUCACCAACUUCCUCAUCGCCGGCUGCUCCCUUCUCGGCGCUGCCUUCCUGAUAUUCACCGCCAUCUUCCUCACUCUCCACCGCCGCCGCCGCCUCCGCCUCACCACACCUUUACCUCCCUCCGAUGGCCCACCUUCCCCCGUCGCCGAUCCCAUCGACCAUCACGUCUGGCACAUCCGAACCGUUGGCCUUGACGCCGCCACCAUCGCCUCCAUCUCCAUCGUCCAGUUCAAGCCCGCCGAUGGCUUGAUUGAUGGCUCAGACUGUGCCGUCUGCCUCACUGAGUUCCGUGAUGGCGAGGAUCUCCGCCUUCUCCCUAAGUGCUCCCACGCUUUCCAUAUCCCUUGCAUCGAUACCUGGCUCCGAUCCCGCGUCUCCUGCCCACUCUGCCGUGCUCCUAUCGUCGCCUCUAAGGACGUCCCUGCUUCUGAAUCUACGGGGUUGGAAUUGAGCCUUGGGGAUAGUUCAGAGAGCGUGGAUGGUGAAAGGACGGUGGCAAUUGGGGAAGAAGAUGGAGAAGAGAUGAUUGAGAUCGCAAUCGAAUCUUGUUCUCAGGGAUCGAGCUCUGAAACUAGGGUUCCGGAGGAUUGGCAACCGGUUAGGAGGUCUGUUUCCAUGGAUGCUUCGUCCCUGGGUGCUUUGCUGCUCAGAGGUGAGCCUGAACAGAAGAAAGAUGAUAACUUUGAGGAAGUGACCAAUAUCAAGAAGAGGGGAAAGCAGGGGAGUGACUUGAAAAUGGAAAUUGUGAAGAAGGGGAGGACGAGGAUGGCAAGGUCUCUGUCAAGCAGUGGAAGAUGGUUCAAUCUGUCAAGAGGGAAGUUUACGCCUACCACUGUUCUCCCUUUGUGAUUGUGGACAUCAACUGCUCUUUGUGUGCGAAGUAUAGCUUGGAGGGAAGGUAAAAAUGUGAUCUUUCCUUUAUAAGAGUGAUGACUAAACCUUAAAGCAUAUGAUCUUGAAGAAAAGAAAAAAAAAAUGCAGUUUUGAGCUUUAUUUAUAUGCAUACAGUUUCUGGUACAUGGAUAACUGAUCCUAUGUUCUGAACAUUUGUAUGUAUUUUACACUUUGAUCAAUAAAGAAGUUCAUAGCAUCUGAAGAUAUGUGAGUUUACUUC